GUUUGCUGUUACACCUAUAGUGAAGUUGAGUGCCUGUUUGCGCUUUUUUGCGGAAGGUGGUUAUCAGACGGGUGUGGGAAAAGACCACGACGUUGGACUGAGCAGUCUAGUUUCUCCAAAGCACUCGCCGACGUGCUACGUAUAUUUGAGACGUAUCUGUGCCCACGGUGGGUACAGUUUCCAGUGACAGCGGAAGAAAAAAUCAAAAUUGCGACUGCUUUUUAUGUUAAACAUAAAAUUCCAGCUGUUGUCGGUUGUGUAGAUGGAACACACUUUAAAAUAAUCGCACCAUCCGAAAAUGCUCACCUGUACUACAACAGAAAAGGAUACUACAGUUUGAAUGUUAUGUUGGUGUGUGACCAUGAACUAAAAAUUCGCUACGUCGAUGCUUCUCAUCCGGGUGCUAGUCAUGACUCGCUAAUUUGGAACGUUAGCGAGUUACGUUCACAUUUUGAGACCGAAUUUUCGAAUCGUCCAAGAAAUUUCUGGCUAUUAGGUGAUGCUGGAUAUCCGUUGGAACCGUGGCUUAUCACUCCUUAUCGGAUGCCAGGCCAAGCAGAAAUGAAGUUCAACGAAAUACAUUCGAAAUGUCGCAACAUUAUUGAGAGAACAAACGGGGUUUUAAAAAACAGGUGGAGAUGUAUCCUUUAUUGCUCGAGAACUACACUACACGCCAGAGAAAGCAGCACAAAUUAUUAAUGCUACUUGUUGCUUACACAACAUCUGCAUUUACUUCAGAGCGAAUGUAAAUUUUCCUGAGCGAGGUAAAUUUUCCUGAAGUUCACGAAGCUCAUACUACUACGCCGACGCGCAAUAUGGAGAUUGCGAGAUCAAUAAGAAAUAAUAUCCGCGAUUCUUUUAAUAAUUAAAAAUUAAGAAUAGCAAUUUUUGAAUUUUUUACACACAUUUAAUUCUCGUAAGCUUGGCUAUAAAUAUGUAUUACUAUUUCGAUGUAAUAAAACACUUAGAUAUGUUGUAAUAAAAAAUC